GAGCAGUGACGCUCACCGGCUCAGUGGAUUGAAUGGUUGUGAUCCAGACCCAGUCAGGCAGACGGACCGUGGACGUGGACCAGGAUUACCGCUCCGCCGCCUCUUGGUUUUCCGCCGCGCGCACCGCUGACUCCUCCCGGGAGGUGUGACUGCUGGUUCUGGUUGAUGCUCGGCCCCCCUUCAGACCUCAGUCCUCAGUCCGGUAUCCUUCCUGCUCUCCAGAGGGACCACACUGCAGACCCGCACUCCUCCGGGCCCGCAGGAUCCCCGCAACAGGUCCAGCUGAGGAGCGCGGCGUGACUGUGAUGAGGACGCGGCGGAGCGAACAGGAGGCGGACAGGCAGCGCGGCGAGAGCGCGGUUUGACGCGUUGUGACGCAGUGAGUGUGCGGCAGAGAGGCGGACAGGCAGCGCGUUCAGCUGCAGCGAGAGAGCGGCAGAGAGGCGGACAGGCAGCGCGUUCAGCUGCAGUGAGGGAGCGGCAGAGAGGCGGACAGGCAGCGCGUUCAGCCGCAGUGAGGGAGCGGCAGAGAGGCGGACCGCCAACAUGAUGCCGAUGUUCCUCACCGUGUACCUGAGCAACAAUGACCAGCACUUCAGCGAGGUUCCCAUCACGCCUGAGACCCUGUGCCGGGAUGUGGUGGAGCUCUGCAAGGAGCCCGGAGAGGGGGACUGCUACCUGGCUGAGAUGUGGAGAGGCUCAGAGCGCGUGGUGGGAGAAGGGGAGCGGAUGCUGGAGGCGCUGCAGCGAUGGGGGCAGCAGAGGGGGGAGAUUCGGUACCUGCUGCGUCACCAGAGGGCUCCAGGUCGGGAGACAGGUGGAUCCAGAGGAGCGGACCAGAUGAUGAAGAGGAACCAGGUUAAAGCGUCUGUGGAGAGAUGUCUGGAGAACGGGGUGUCAGGCCCUCGUCUUGACCUGACGCUGGGGGACCUGCAGGACCUGGCAACCCGACAGCAGCAGCAGAUUAACGCCCAGCAGCAGCUCCUGGCCUCCAAGCUAGCACAUGACUCGCCCGGCUGUUUGCAGGAGCAGCGUCUGAGGUACCUGAAGCUGCAGGAUCAGCGUCAGCAGCAGCAGCAGCUGGAGGUUUCUGAACAGGAGCGACUCCAGCAGCUCCGAGAGAACGCCCAAAACCAGGAGGCCAAACUGAGACGGGUCCGGGCCCUCAGGGGCCAGGUGGAGCAGAAACGCCUCAGCAACAGCAAACUGGUGGAGGAGAUCGAGCAGAUGACCGGUCUGUUCCAGUCGAAGCAGAGGGAGCUGCUGGCGGCCGUGUCCAGGGUGGAGGAGCUGAGCGACCAGCUGGAGGCGCUGAGGAGCAACAGAUUCGAGCCUCCGUUCCCUCCUCCGAAUCAUCCUUAUCACCACAACACCUCCUCCACCACCGAGCUGGAGCGCCUCUACAAAGAGCUGCAGCUGAGGAACAAACUGAACCAGGAUCAGAGCGGCCGGCUGCAGCAGCAGAGAGACAGCCUGAACAAGAGGAACCUGGAGGUGGCGGCGAUGGACCGACGGCUGGCCGAGCUCCGACAGCGGCUCUGGAAGAAGAAGGCCGCCCUGCAGCAGAAGGAGAACCUGCCUGUGGCGUCAGACGGCGUGGCCCCUCAGCACGGCGUGGGCUCCAGAGUGGCGGCAGUCGGGCCGUACAUCCAAUCAUCCUCUAAUUCCGGCUCUCAGGGGCCUCCAGUGCCGGCCCGACAGGAGGCGCUGGUGAAGCCGGCUUACCCGGACGGCACCGCCACCCUGCCCAUGCCAGACUCGUCCUUGAAGCCGCCUCCAAGACCCAUGAAACCGGCUUCAGGUUUCGCCACGUCCAAAAUAACGAAGGUCUCGGACUGGAGCGGCGCCUUCUCUGAGUCCGGUGGAGGUUACAGCCACGCCUCCACGCUGCCUCGCAUGUCCAGUCACAGCUCAGACCAGAAGGGACUCUCUGGGUCUGAUGUCCCGCCCCCUGUUCCAUCACGGACCAAUCACAGCGCAGAGAAUCUGCUCAGAGACAAUCAGCCUGCAGGUAAAGGUCUAUCUAAGGGGGCGGCUCCACCUCCACUCCCCUCUAAGCCCAAACCCUUCUCCUCCUCCUCCGGCCCUCCGACCUUCACCAAGCCGGCGUACAGCACAGGAACCUUCCCCGGUAAGGCCCGGCCUGUCGGGGGCCACCUUUCCCGGGCUCCUGCGGGGGUCCUCUUCGUCCACAGCAGCACCCUCCCUCUGCCGCACAAGCAGGAGAGUCCACCUGCCGCCGCCGUGCGUCCGUACACCCCCGAGCUCUCUGAGGCUCCGCCCCCUGUGCUGCAGAAGCCUCAGACUCUGGCGGCUUCGUCCAUCUACUCCAUGUACACUCAGCAGAGCACGCCAGGGAAGGGGUACCAGGGGCAGGGAACCCUGACCCGCACCUCCAGAGCUUACGGGAAACCGAAGAAGCAGAGCGUCUCCUCAGACGGCGUCACGCUGACCUCAGGGUCCGGUGUUUCUGACGGGAGCGAGGUCGACCACGGUUUCCUGAGUAGCUGCGAAGGAGUCGCCGCAGAGACAUCAGAACGCUCCACCCCUCGACCGCUCAGCCCCACCAAGCUCCUCCCCUUCCUGUCCAACCCUCACAGGAAUCCCAGCGACGCCGACCUGGAGGCCCUCCGCCGCCGGCUGCACCACGCCCCCCGGCCCCUGAAGAAACGCAGCUCCAUCACGGAGCCCGAGGGCCCGGCGGGACCCAACAUCCAGAAACUGCUCUAUCAGAAAACCACGCUGGCUGCCAUGGAAACCAUCCCCAGUGAGACCGUCGGUCCAGGCGGGACGCUGCCGGGGGUCCACGAUGACGGGAUCGGGGGCGUAGAAUUUACGUCAAGGCUCGAAGGCUUCGACCAACAUCUGAAGGAAAGCCCAGAAGGCAGCCUGACUCCGCCCCCUCUGCCCCCACGCUCACCCAUCCCUGACCCCGCCUCCUGCCGCACCCUGCCCCCGCCUCUGGAGGACAAGCAAGAAGAGGAGGUGUGUCCGCCUACUCUGACCUCUCAGGACUACUAUUCAGAGGAGUUCCCUCCAUACCCACCCCCGCCGUACCCCAGCAGUGGAGAGGGGGAGCAGGGGGACGACAGCCUCAACCUGCGUCCACCUGAGGUCACGGGACAGGUGGCACUGCCCCCGGGUAAGAAGACCAUCCUCCGAAAGGCCGGCUCAGAGCCGACUGACCGCAGCGUCCGGGUCAAGUUUAACCCUCUGGCCCUGCUGCUGGACGCGUCUCUGGAGGGCGAAUACGACCUCGUCCAGAGGGUCAUCUACGAUGUGGAAGACCCCAGCAUGCCGAACGACGAGGGCAUCACGGCCCUCCACAACGCCGUCUGUGCCGGACACACAGAGAUCGUCAAGUUCCUGGUUCAGUUUGGAGUCAACGCCAACGCUGCUGACAGCGACGGGUGGACGCCCCUCCACUGCGCCGCCUCCUGCAACAACGUUCAGGUCUGUAAGUUCCUGGUGGAGUCGGGGGCGGCGGUGUUCGCCACCACGUACAGCGACAUGCAGACCGCUGCCGACAAAUGUGAGGAGAUGGAGGACGGCUACGCCCAGUGCUCUCAGUUCCUCUACGGCGUUCAGGAGAAGAUGGGCGUGAUGAACCGGGGCGUGGUCUACGCCUUGUGGGACUACGAUCCUCAGAGCGAGGACGAGCUCGGCUUCAUCGAGGGCGACUGCAUGACGGUGUUGAGACGCGAGGACGACGUGGAGACCGAGUGGUGGUGGGCGAGAUGUGGCGACCGGGAGGGCUACAUCCCCCGAAACCUGCUGGGGCUGUAUCUGAGGAUCAAGCCUCGACAGAGGAGCCUGGCUUAACCACAGGCCGCUGACAAAUCCCUGAAAAGACGUUCCUGGAGGUUCUGAGAGGUUCCUAGAGGAGGGUCUGGACUCCAGCAGCGGAGACACAAAGUACCAGACCGUGUUCAGAAGACAAACAGAAGUUUCCUGUGGACUUUAUUUUCAAACCUCAGCACAAAGAAUGUGACAGAGAACUGUAGAGACAGAGGAAGAAGUCCUCUCCAUCCUGCUGUAACACCUUAUCUGCAGAGACUUCGCUUCUUUUCAUGUCGGUGGUUUUGUUCAAACCGAGCUGUCCGACAACGCCAGAAAACUCCAGGGAUGAAACUCUUCUUCUAAUUUAAUCCAACUUCAUUUAUUCUGUUCUGUUUUAUUGAUGACGGCUCACAGAGACUGCUUUAAGAAGUUUCACGUUGGGUUUAGAGAGGGCCGGGUUCACAUCUAUGAGCUCACUUUAGCACAAGCUAAGCUAGCACGGUGUGUCUGUAACUUACUGUGACAAUUAAUAAAGAUGCUAAUUUUGGCUAAAAUCUAUACACUCGUCACUCAAAGAGGCCACGCCCCUAAUCCAACCUGCCUUUAACCCUUCACCUGCUGUAAACAGGUGAGCUACAGAGAGAGUCUUUCCCACAGUGUCAACAGGAGAGGGAACAUGUGACCGACUCCUUCACUCAGAUCAGUCUGACAUGUGGUCGUCCCUGCUGUCUCUGCUUCUGUCUACAAUUAAUCACUGUUGUUAUUCUGCUUUGAUCUAUCGGAAGCAUUCCAUUCUAUUCUGCUUUGAUCUGUUCCAUUCCAUUCUAGUCUGCUUUGAUCUGUUCCGCUCUAUUCUGCCUUGAUCUGUUCCAUUCUGCUUUGAUCCAUCAGAAGCAUUCCAAUCUACUCUCCUUUGAUCUGUUCCAUUCUAGUCUGCUUUGAUCCAUUCUGUUCUAUUCUGCUUUGAUCCGUUCCAUUCUAUUCUCCUGUGAUCUGUUCCAUUCUAUUCUCCUUUGAUCUGUUCCAUUCUGUUCUAUUCUCCUGUGAUCUGUUCCAUUCUAUUCUCCUUUGAUCUGUUCCAUUCUAUUCUCCUGUGAUCUGUUCCAUUCUGUUCUAUUCUCCUUUGAUCUGUUCCAUUCUAUUCUCCUGUGAUCUGAUCCAUUCUGUUCUAUUCUGCUUUGAUCCGUUCCAUUCUAUUCUCCUUUGAUCUGUUCCAUUCUAUUCUCCUUUGAUCUGUUCCGUCCUCUCCUCCUCUCUGCAGAUUGAUUUGAUAUGUCGUGUGUGAUCAGUUGGUCCCUGGUGUUUAUUUCUAUUGUUACGGGGUUUCAGCCAAUCAGAAUCAAUCACACUCUAGUGGACACUGGAGGAACUGCAGGAGACACACUCUAGUGGACUCUGGAGGAACUGCAGGAGACACACUCUAGUGGACUCUGGAGGAACUGCAAGACACACUCUAGUGGACUCUGGAGGAACUGCAGGAGACACACUCUAGUGGACACUGGAGGAACUGCAGGAGACACACUCUAGUGGACUCUGGAGGAACUGCAGGAGACACUCUAGUGGACACUGGAGGUAUUGCAGCGUUGGUUUAAUGUUGCUGCUCUGUUUGGAGUGAAGGAAGUGGUGAGUUUGUUUUUUUAUAAACGUUUUGAGUGGAUGAAAGUUGACGUUCGUGUUGAAACUGAGAGUUUUGAUACGAAGCUCUGAGCCGUGGAGGGUCUGAUUUUUAUUUUCUUUAAUAUUAUUGAAGGAUUGAAGGAUUGAAGCCGUCCAUCGAUCAGAGAAUGUCACAAAGUUUACCGUUCUUUCUUUUCACCUUUAAUGGAGCUAGGCUAGCAGUUUCCACCUGCUUCCAGUCUCUGUGCUAAGCUAUGCUAAACACAUCCUGGGCCUUAUCUCUGUACUGUACACACCGACAUGAAUCUGAUGUUCCUCUCACUGACUUGAACGGGUUGAUUGUAAAAAAAUAAAAGUCUAACUCAAAGUA